AAAAUCAUUGGCGUCUUCAAGCCUAAGAACGAGGAGCCGUAUGGGCAGCUGAACCCCAAGUGGACCAAGUGGCUGCAGAAGCUGUGCUGCCCGUGCUGCUUUGGGAGAGACUGCCUCGUCCUCAACCAGGGCUACCUGUCAGAGGCGGGCGCCAGCCUGGUGGACCAGAAACUGGAACUCAACAUUGUUCCCCGCACGAAGGUGGUGUAUCUGGCCAGCGAGACCUUUAACUACAGUGCCAUUGACAGGGUGAAGUCCCGAGGAAAGAGGCUGGCCCUGGAGAAGGUACCAAAAGUUGGCCAGCGCUUCAACCGCAUUGGUCUGCCGCCCAAGGUGGGCUCCUUCCAGCUCUUUGUGGAAGGCUACAAGGAUGCUGACUACUGGCUGCGGCGGUUUGAAGCGGAGCCGCUCCCAGAGAACACCAACCGGCAGCUGCUGCUACAAUUUGAGCGGCUGGUGGUGCUGGACUACAUCAUCAGGAACACAGAUCGAGGGAAUGACAACUGGCUCAUCAAGUACGACUGUCCCCUGGACAGCGCGGGCGUGCGGGACAGCGACUGGGUGGUGGUGAAGGAGCCCAUCAUCAAGCUGGCUGCUAUAGACAACGGUUUGGCCUUUCCCUUGAAACACCCGGACUCCUGGAGAGCAUAUCCAUUCUACUGGGCAUGGCUGCCCCAGGCCAAAAUCCCCUUUUCACAGGAGAUCAAGGACCUGAUUCUUCCCAAGAUCUCGGACCCCAACUUUGUCAAGGACCUUGAGGAAGAUCUGUAUGAGCUCUUCAAGAAAGACCCUGGUUUUGACAGGGGACAGUUUCACAAGCAGAUUGCUGUCAUGAGAGGCCAGAUCCUGAACCUCACUCAGGCACUGAAAGAUGGGAAGAGCCCCCUGCACCUGGUUCAGAUGCCACCUGUGAUUGUGGAAACAGCGCGUUCCCACCAGCGCACUUCCAGCGAGUCCUACACACAGAGCUUCCAGAGCCGGAAGCCUUUCUUCUCAUGGUGGUAG